GUGUCAGAACACGGAAGAAGCUUUGUUGUAAAUCCCAUGUUUGUGUAUGCAGCAUGGCUAAGGGAACUUGCAAACACUGAUCGUGGGUAGUAACAGCGUUUGAUAGUGUGGCAGGGGUGCCAGAUUGAGAAGGGGUUGGGUAGACUGGUGAUUUACAAGACUAUGAUGUUAAUAAGCGAAGGCGGUGAAACUAAUAAUAAGGAAAGUCUUUUGUAGGCUGAAAUGGUAUUUGCCAGGACAUGUCUGACUUCUGUUUCUUUGAGGUCAGUAAAAAACAGUUUGUUCAAGCGAAGACACCAUAGUGUUGUCAGAGAUACUAUAUUUGCCUUAUCGUCUGGUCAUGGGAAAUGUGGCGUGUCAGUGAUCCGGACAAGUGGGCCUGCCAGUGGUGAUGCUUUGCAGCUUCUUACAGGUUGGAAGCAGCUUCCUCCACCCAGAAGAGUCACUCUCACGUCCCUGCUGUGCCCUACAACUGGAGAGCUCUUAGACAGAGGACUGGUUCUAUGGUUUUCAGGCCCUAAAAGUUUUACGGGAGAGGAUUGUUGUGAAUACCAUGUGCAUGGAGGUCCAGCUGUAGUCAUGGGAGUGUUGCAGGCACUUGGUACUGUGCAAAUGUUGCGUCCAGCAGAACCUGGAGAAUUCACUAAACGAGCCUUUCAGAAUGGAAAGUUAGAUCUGACAGAAGCAGAGGGACUGGGCGACCUUAUACAUGCAGAGACAGAGAUCCAGAGGAGGCAGGCUUUACGCCAGAUGUCCGGAGAACUUGGACAGCUGUAUCAAAAGUGGAGCCACAGGCUAGUUACGGCACUGGCCCAUGUAGAAGCAUUCAUAGAUUUCAGUGAGGAUGACAAUGUCGAAGAAAACGUCUUGACUUCAGUGGACUCAGAGGUAAAAAAUCUUCAGGAAGAGUUGGAGGACCAUCUUAAAGACAGUCGACGAGGGGAGAGGUUGAGAGAUGGGCUUCAUUUGGUUUUAGCUGGAGCCACCAAUGCUGGGAAAAGCAGCCUGCUUAAUUUGACUAGUCAGAAACCUGCUGCCAUUGUCUCCCCCAUCCCUGGCACUACUCGUGAUGUUGUUGAGACAGUACUGAAUAUUGGGGGGUACCCUGUUAUUAUGAGCGAUACUGCAGGACUCCGAGACUCUGAAGAUCCAGUUGAAAAGGAAGGUGUAAGAAGAGCAAAAGAACGGCUGGAUAACGCUGAUAUCCUUAUAGCAGUAGUAGAUGCAAGCAAAGUUCCAAUAACGAGAAUUUCCAUACUUGCGCACCUGAAGAGCCUCCUGAGUUUUCCAUCAUCAGAGGGCAAGCUCCGGGAAGUUUUGCUAGUUCUGAACAAGUCAGACUUGCUAGACCCACCAGGCCAUGCCAAAGUGCAAGAGUUGUGCAAGGACCCUGAGCUUCCCACAGCAUGCUUUUUGUCUUGUCAAACCGGCCAAGGAGUGGGUGACUUCAUUUAUAUUCUCAAGCAAAAACUGGAAAAAAUUUGUGGUGACCCUCUGCAUGGAGCUCCUAGCCUAACCCAGACCCGUCACCGUCUGCAUCUUAAUAAGUGUUUGGAAGCCCUUGAACAGUACACUAUAUACCGGGAACAAGAUUUGGUGUUAGCUGCUGAAGAGCUACGCAUCAGCUACAGGGAAUUGGGUGCCAUUACAGGAAGGGUGGGAGUGGAGGGGAUCCUGGAUAUUAUAUUUCGAGACUUCUGUAUUGGGAAGUGACCCUUCUGCUUUCUGCCAUCUGCCUUCUGCUUUGUCAAGUUGCAGCUGAACAUUUUUUUGCUGAUGCAGUCAUAAGAUGAAGACUUUAACCUGCAUUAAACGCACUUAUUUGCAAUAGCAGAAGUUUUGCUGGCUCGUUUUUUGUGCUUUGGUCAUAUAUUGUAGAGUUUUUAAAAGAUGUCUGUAAAAAUCACUGUCUCUGCAUGAGCACACACCCUUUAAAUUAGUAUCGCUCUUGCAUUCUUAAAGAAACAGUAACAUCAAAAAAUUAAAAUGUUUUAAAUACUACUAUAAUACAGAUAUAGUAUAUAGUACAUAUAAACAACCUGCUCCAUAGCCAUAGAGGCAGUUCUAAAAUGGCAAAAUGGCACAGGAAAAUAGCAGAUAACAGAUAAGCUCUGUAGAACAUCAUUAUAUAUCUGCUUUUUAACCAGAUCCUAUUUCAGACUAAAUGGCUAUACAUCAGCUUGUGUAUAUAAACUAUAGCAGUAUUUGUAAAGCAACACACAAAAUUUACUAUUGCAGGUCAACAGUACAUUUAUAUAUUGAUUACUUUAAAACAUUCAUUUUUUGGUGUUGCUGUUCCUUUAAGAUCUAUAACUUGCUCAGGUUACAUAGCAGAUAAGCGCUGUAGAAUAUAGUGGUGCCCUACAGAGCAUAUCUGCUAUUUAGCCCUAAUUCAGUUGUCUCCAUUGCUACAUGGCAGCUUGUUUAUUUAAACUGUGUUUAUGAAGCGAACAGAUUUGUUUUUCUUCCA